AUGGCGCUCUCAGCUUCCGAUUUAGGAACGAUAUAUUCCUUAUUGACGAAUUCAAUGAGCGGCGAUGAGAGCGUCCGCAAGCCAGCCGAGGCGGCGCUAUCUCAGUUCGAGAAUCGGCCUGGUUUUUGCUCCUGUCUCAUGGAAGUUAUAACUGCAGCAGAUUUAGCUUCGCAAGUUGAUGUUCGGUUAUUAGCUUCGGUUUAUUUCAAGAAUAGUAUCAAUCGGUACUGGAGGAACCGGCGGGAUUCUGCGGCCAUAAGCAGCGAGGAGAAAAACCACUUGAGACAGAAAUUACUGUCACAUUUGAGAGAAGAGAACGAUAAGAUAGCUGGGCUGUUGGCAGUCCUCAUUUCCAAGAUUGCCCGCCUUGAUUAUCCUAGAGAAUGGGAUGUGGGGUUUGGGGGAGGGGGUGGUGGAUUGCCAGAGCUCUUUUCAGUCUUAGCACACAAGCUUCAAUCGGCAGAUGUCCCUACUUCUCAUAGGAUUUUUUUGAUUCUGUUUCGAACCUUGAAGGAAUUAUCAACUAAACGUCUUACUGCUGACCAAAGGAACUAUGCAGAGACAAAGAAAAAGGUUGACUUCCUCUGGAGCCUUUGGCAAAGCGAUUUUCAAACCAUAAUACAUCGUUUCUCUACACUUGCUCAAAGCUAUACUCCUAAUGCUCUGGAGCAGCGUCAUGAUGAGCUGUAUCUAAUAAGAUUUCCAAGUGAUUCAAAAUGUGUACAGGAGGUUCGACCAGUUAAGGAGGUUUCCCCUGCACUCUUGGAAGCCACUCAAUCAUUGCUCGCAUUCUAUUCAUCUUUCCAGAAGGGACAUCCUAAAUUUUGGGACUUCAUAAAGCGGGCAUGUACUAAAUUGAUUAAGGUUUUAGUCGCAAUUCAGGGCAGACAUCCUUAUUCAUUUGGUGACAAGUCUGUCCUUCCUCCUGUCAUGGAUUUCUGUUUAAACAAGAUUUCUGAUCCAGAUCCAGAUAUUUUAUCAUUUGAGCAAUUCCUGAUUCAGUGCAUGGUGAUGGUGAAGUGUGUACUUGAGUGUAAAGAGUAUAAGCUAAAUCUCACUGGGCGGGUAAUGGAUGAAAGUGUGAUUACAAUGGAGCAGAUGAAAAAGAACAUUUCCAAUGCUGUUGGCGGUGUCCUGACUUCUCUUCUCCCAAGUGAACGUAUAGUACUUUUGUGUAAUGUGUUAAUAAGGAGCAACCACAAGCAUUAUUUUGAUCUUAUGAUUGUUGCUCUAGGGUUCUGGGUUCAUAAAGGAAACCAUUUUGCACUGUUGAUAGCUAGCGAUCUGGAGGAGUUGUACCAAAACCCAGAAUCUUUUCAUCACGAGCAGGAUAUGAUUCAGUGGACUGAAAAACUGAGGCCUUGUGCUGAAGCUUUAUACAUACUGUUGGGCCCCGUUGUGGUGUCCAUCCUUCAAGAGGCAAUGAAUGCUUGCCCAACAUCAGUUACUGAAAUCACUCCAGGGUUACUUCUUAAAGAUGCUGCUUAUGGUGCUGCUGCCUAUGUUUACUAUGAGCUUUCUAACUACCUGAGCUUCAAAGAUUGGUUUAAUGGUGCUUUAUCCCUUGAACUGUCAAAUGAUCAUCCAAAUAUGUGUAUCAUCCAUCGAAAAGUUGCGCUGAUACUAGGACAAUGGGUUUCUGAGAUUAAAGCGGACACAAAGAGACCAGUGUAUUGUGGAUUGAUUAGAUUGCUAGAAGACAAAGACCUGUCUGUCAGGCUGGCAGCUUGUCGGUCUUUGUGUUUGCAUAUUGAGGAUGCAAACUUCUCAGAGCAAGAAUUUCUAGAUCUUCUUCCAAUCUGCUUUGAUUCGUGCUUUAAGUUGGUUGAGGAGGUUCAGGAAUUUGACUCAAAGGUUCAGGUUUUGAAUUUGAUCUCUGUUCUUAUUGGACAUGUCCAUGAGAUCAUUCCAUUUGCAAACAAGUUGGUGCAAUUUUUCCAGAAGGUUUGGGAGGAGGCUUCUGGUGAGAGUCUUCUACAGAUUCAGAUUCUCAUUGCUUUGCGGAAUUUUGUGGUUGAACUUGGCUAUCAGUCACCUACUUGCUACAAUGUGCUGUUGCCUAUUCUCCAAAGUGGAAUUAAUAUAAAUAGCCCAGAUAUACUCAAUCUUUUAGAGGACGGCAUGCUGUUAUGGGAAGCAACACUUUCUCAUGCUCCUGCAAUGGAGCCUCGACUAUUAGCAUACUUCCCAUGUCUCGUGGAAAUCAUGGAAAGAAGUUUUGAUCACUUGCAGGUCGCUAUAAACAUCUUUGAGGAUUACGUAGUUUUGGGUGGGAUUGAAUUUCUAAGAAUGCAUGCUUCCAAUGUUGCCAAACUUCUAGAUCUGAUUGUUGGAAAUGUUAAUGAUAGAGGCCUGCUUUCAACUCUUCCUGUCAUUGACAUAUUAGUACAGAAACGCAUUCGACCUAUCCGAAAUAUUUGUGAAAUGGAGAUGAAAACUACAAAACCUUUUGGGGAUUUCUCUGGGACUGAAGUUUUUGUGAUGAUUCUUGGAGUGCUUCCCUGCAGAAGUGCCCCUACUUAUCAGCAGUACUUUGCAAGUGAGUGCAGUUCUUGUAAACUAAUCAUGAUAUGUUUAAGUGGAAGAGAUGACUUUGAGCCUUCCAAGGCAGCUGUUAAAACAUCUUCAGCUGCAAUUCUAGCAAGGAUUUUGGUGAUGAACACCAAUUACCUUGCCCAAUUGACAGCAGAACCAUCUCUUUCAUUGCUUCUCCAGCAGGCAGAUAUUGCAGUUGAGGAAAAUAUACUUCUUUGUUUGGUUGACAUAUGGCUUGACAAGAUAGAUAAUGCAUCUUCCGACCAGAAAAGGACAUUUGGGUUAGCACUUUCCAUAAUUUUGACACUAAGACUGCCUCAAGUCCUCGAUAAACUUGAUCAGAUCCUCAGCGUAUGUACGAGUGUAAUUUUGGGUGCAAAUGAUGAUUUGACAGAGGAAGAGUCCAGUGGUGAUAACACGAGUUCCAGUAAGUUCCAUGGUGAGGGCAUUAUUCCAAGUAGAGAGUACAGAAAAAGACAGAUUAAAUUUUCGGACCCUAUCAAACGAUGGUCCUUGGAGAACUCAGUAAGACAGAAUCUUCAAACAUGUGCUACUCUUCAUGGGGAAUCUUUUAAUUCAGCCAUUAGUAGAAUGCAUCCUGCAGCAUUUGCACAAUUGAAACAGGCUUUGAAGAUGCCAUAG